CCACGCGGGCCUUCUCGGGGUCGGUCGGUCGGUCGUCCGUCCGGCGGGUGCGAUGCGGCCGCUGACGGAGGAGGAGACGCGCGCGCUCUUCGAGAAGCUGGCCAGAUAUAUCGGUGAGAACAUCCAGCUCCUGGUGGACCGGCCUGACGGGGCCUACUGCUUCCGCCUGCACAAGGACCGUGUCUAUUACCUCAGUGAGAGGAUCCUGAAGCUUGCUACGAACAUCCCUCGGGAGAACCUGGUGUCACUGGGCACCUGCUUUGGAAAGUUUACCAAGACCCAGAAAUUCCGGCUCCAUGUCACUGCCCUGGAUUAUCUCGCCCCCUAUGCCAAGUACAAAGUGUGGGUGAAGCCUGGCGCAGAACAGUCUUUUCUUUAUGGGAACCAUAUACUGAAAUCCGGCCUGGGGCGCAUCACAGAGAGCACUGCCCAGUACCAGGGAGUGGUGGUAUACUCCAUGGCUGACGUCCCCCUGGGCUUUGGAGUGGCAGCCAAGUCCACCCAGGAGUGCCGAAAGGUGGACCCCAUGGCGAUUGUGGUGUUUCAUCAAGCAGAUAUCGGGGAGUACAUACGGCACGAGGAGACACUGACUUAAAUGCAGGGGCAAAAAGGCUCCAAGGACUUUACCCCCAGAUGGAAACCAAAGAAACUGUUCCGGACUUUCUGCCAACCUGUACCCCUGUCCCUGGGAAGGCCCAGCUGUGCAGGUUGCUUGUGACAGAGAGGAACUGCCGGAAAAAAUAGCUGUCUCUGAUCUGACAACAACGAGGACUGUACUUGCCUGUAGGUGAGCUAGAAAACGUUGGGAUGUCCCUGCAGGCCUGCUUGUUUUUGAAGACAGGAGUUAUACCCGACUCAGUAAAAUGAUCUGAUCUUA